GGGUCGCAUUCAUUUGGUUUCCUUAUCUCAUCAAGAGUAAGGAGUUCGGUAAACCUGGAGAUCAUUAAACAAUCUGAGCAUUACAGGCUUGUCAAGAUUGUGGGCUUACUCAUAUUUUUGGGCUAAAUAAAUUUUGAGCAACUUUUGGGUCGAACUCCAUGACGAUAUUAUACGAUUAAAUUAGCAGUAGUUUUCUGGAAGGUUCGCUUAUGGGUUAAUGUACACAAAACAUGUCAUAUCUUGCCCAAACCAACGUGUUCCAGAACUUUUAGCAGUAAAACAUAAUCUAAAAAAUGUGUGGUGCCAUAUGUGAUUGCCUAAAAGGUUCCGGAAAGGUUGUCUGUUGUUGCUGUCAAUGUGCCUUAAGUCUUUGCUUAGGCCUAAUUUGUACCGUUCUUGUAUUGGGUCUCAUAAUCGGUUUGAUCGUAUAUUUUGCAGUCUAUCACAAUAAGGAUAGUAGUGCUGAUAAAAAGAUGUUGGAAGAACUGGUAACUGCUGCACCGUUAACAUUUAGAGGAUUCUUUCAAUAAUUCGUAUUGAGAUAAAAGUAUUUUAAUUACAUAUGUGUUGUUGUGAUUUGAAGGGAAUAUGUUUAUUUUAAAAU